AUGUCGUGGGCUGCGAUGCCUCUCCACCUGCUUCGGGCAAGCGAUGAGGUAGCUUACAGUGCUCAAGCCGACGCUGGGACUUAUGCUCCAGAGCGCCGUUUAGUGCAAGAGAACGACUAUGCACCCCCCCUGCUCAUCAUCGGCUGCGUGUUGGCCGCAGUGGCUGUCUUGUUGCUCGGCGUGCUGCUCUUCAGAAACCUGGACACUCGUGGCAAGCAUGAAGACUAUGAAGUGCAUGGAAGACGUAUUGGAGUGUCCUCCGAAUCUCCUCGAGCUCAACCUAAAUACGCACCAGCGAUACCUGUUUACGGCCAGCAGAAGCCGAUUCGAUCUGCACCGGCAGGAACACCAUCCCGUGCUGAGUCACCACCGUCGGUCAAGGAUUCUGCUGCACGGCGUGCCUUCAACUCGAUAGACAAAGACAGGAGUGGCUUCAUUACACGCCAAGAGCUGAAUCCCUAUCUGGCAAAUAUGCCACCAGAGACUGCCGAGGCAGUUUUCCAAAGCUUAGAUCGGGAUGGUGACAACAGAAUCUCCUUUGAAGAGUUCGAGAGAUACUUUUACCCCAUUAUUGCACAUGAGCCGCAGCCUGUGGACACGCCGGAAAAUGCUGUUUUGGGCAUUUGCAGCUACUACCUACUCAACGUCUUCCCGGAGUUGGCGCAGGUGUGCACUGGUCUGCAGAAUCCAAACUUUUAUGAUAUGGCCAAAGUCCUUGCAGCGGGGCCCACCGGACUGGGACACGGGAAGGUUUGUCCGCGAGAUGGCAAACGAGGAUGUAGCAUCGUUGACGCUGUGGAUGCGAGGCACAGGGGCAAAGUGACUCAUUUCUUGUCAUGGUGCUGGGCAUACAAGCUCCAAGACUUUGUGAGCGCCAUUAGCAGCUGGACGAAGAGGCACGAGCUUGUGACGAGCGAGGUGUUCCUUUGGAUUUGUUUCUUCUGCAACAACCAGUAUCGUAUUCUUGAGUCUGCCACCGACACUGGGCCAGAUGAGCUCAAGGAAGCCUUCGAGAGCAACCUGGCCAAAGCUGGUCGGAUGCUCAUCUUGCUGGAUAGUUUCGAAAGGCCAGCAUACAUCACGAGGGCUUGGUGCAUCUUUGAGACAUAUGUAUGCAUUGACAACAAGUUCCCCAUGACCAUCAUCCUCCCAGAGCAUGCAGAAGACCUGUUCCGGCAGAAGAUGGAGACUGCGGGUGGCCUGAGGAACCUACGAAAAGAGUUCGGGGCUAUCGAUGCGCGCUCAGCGAAGGCAUCAUCCCAGGCAGACCAGCAAAUGAUCCGAGACCUCAUCUUAAGGACAACAGGCUACAACGUGGUCAACGAGGCAGUAAAGAAGUGCCUGCUAGACCAGCUCAAAUACUUGUUCGAAGCCUGUAUCAGCCGCGACUGA